GUUCGAUAACGAACGUCCAAGAGGACGAUCAAAGCCCUUUGGUCUUUGGACCUCUCAAACACAUCAUCCACCUUUACUGAACUCCCACCAAGAACAGCGACGACGACCUCAGUCGCCAACCGCCACUCCUAAAAUGUCUCUCACAGUAACCUCCGAAACCCCAAAGAUGCCUUCUGCCUUCUCCCAACCAACCUCCUCAUCCUCCGACGAGCCCGUGACAGCGACCUCCUCUCAAGUUAACAUGGUAAUCCGGCAAGACCCUUUCUACAUAACCCUAGACGCCUCCGCUCUCCUCGCCGUUUCCAUCCUGACCGUCCUGGGGAUGCACUUUGUGCACCGCGCUUUGCUCGAAGCCACCAUCAUCUCCGUGCCCAUCAUGCUGCUCAUCCACAACGACUAUCUCAACUUUCUCAAGCUCGGCCCAGGCGGGACACCCCCGACGCCAUCGGGCUACGCCCGGCUGACUUUUUAUCGCCUGUUCACCAUCCGCGACCCGUUGCAGGCGCCGGAGAGAGAUCCGAGUCAGCUUCCCUCUGCGGGGAUACUGGCCAUCAAUAAUAAUAAUAAUAAUACUACUAAUGAUCCCACCGGGCACAAUGACAACGACAAGGCAGCAGCCUCCUCCGGUGGUCUCCCCUACCGCCCCGGCCCGCGCCCCUCCGUCGCCGGCCUCGCCCCGCAAAGACAACUCAACCAGGCCGGCCCCCUCCCCAUCUACAACGCGCUGCGCAGCUCGCUCGAGUCUCUUGCGCAACGAUACCCGAACCAAUUCGUCACCGCCACGUCUUGCCUAGAAAAACACGGCUUCGCCUUGUUCUCGCGCCAUCCCGUAAACGUCUGUGGAAACGGGGAGAUCUGCCAUAUCCAUACGCAUUCUGACCGGAGCAUGCACACGAAUCUGCAUCCGGACGAUAUCAAGGAGGUGUUGGAGAAGGGUUGGGGGGAAAGACAUCCUAUGGCUUGGUCGACGAGGGGUCAUCGUCGUGGUGGUGGUGGUGGUGGUGGUGGUGGUGGUGGUACUACUUCUGGUGGAAAAAGGGGGGAAAAGGGGGAAUCUUCUUGGUGGUGGUGGUGGUGGUGGCCGGUGAGGAGUCCGGUGCCGGAGACUUUUACUAUGGUUUAUGCACCUAGAGAUGAAAAUGACCUACGAAUUGUUUGCAAGAUCAUCGAGGCGGCGAUUUGGUAUACCGCUUGCGAGAAGGUUGAGAUCGUGCCGGAGUCUGUCAAGGCUUCAAAUUGAGGGAGGAGCUUGAGGAUGGUAUUGGUAAGUCGAGAGUUGGACCAAAGGGAAAAGACAUGUUAACUGGGGGAGGUGCGAGAUUACUGUAUCCGCGAUACAGACGAGACCAAUCGGUUAACGAGAUACUUGGAUUGUACCGAAGAGCGAGGUUCGCAACGAAGCUAUUGCACAAUGGUUAAGCGCAUGGUGUUCAGGUGUUGGGUUCAUGUCGGUAUUGCCUGUCGGUAUAUGGCUGUUAUGUUUUGAGUGUCUGUACAUUCUCAGCGGUUAGCUUCUUGAGAUUGAUAUUUCAAAACGGUUGUUACAUCACCCUUCAAAAA